CAUAACCUAUGUGGCCCGGCGAGUUUUUGGCAAUUUGUCGAAUCCGUAAAAAGAUAAAUAUAUAUAUUUAAUAUAUAAAAUAUGCCUCCAAAGAAAGAUGCAAAAGGCAAGGAUAACAAAGGGGCGGCUGGUGGUAAGAAAGGAGCUUCCGGUGGAGCAGCUGAGGAUAAAGGAGGCAAGGAAAAGAAGGGGGGCAAUGCUGUUAAAGUGCGACACAUUUUAUGUGAAAAGCAAGGCAAAAUAAUGGAAGCUAUGGAAAAAUUGAAAGCUGGCCAGAAGUUUCCUGAAGUGGCGGCCGCCUACAGCGAAGACAAAGCUCGCCAAGGUGGCGAUUUAGGCUGGCAGAUUAGAGGCGCUAUGGUGGGUCCCUUCCAGGAUGCUGCAUUUGCUCUGCCUAUAUCAACAGUCAAUAAUCCCGUCUAUACAGAUCCUCCAGUAAAAACGAAAUUUGGCUACCAUAUCAUUAUGGUAGAGGGUAAAAAGUGAAGACUAUAUAUUUUUAAAAAUAAUUUAAAAAUGUGUGGAAACUAUUCUGUAAACCUCUUUUGUAUUUUAAUAAACAGCCAUUUGUUAUGAAUUUUUAA